UGACGUGUUGACGACACGUUUGGACACCACUAGAGUCAUGUGUGAUCGUUUGCUCUUGGGGGAUGUGUUGCCAGUGUUGUGUGACUGACAGCGCACGUCGCUGGCUGCCUGGUCAGAGGACUAACGUGGCAAGUGCGUGUCACCAUCAUCACCAGUAGCACGUGUGAUUUGGCAUCUACAGUCUAGAUUGAAAAGUGAGCGGAACACACAUGUGGAGAAACCGAUCAAGCAAUUGUAUCAAUGCCGUGCUGCCUGCCACCAGAUUGAGCUGCUCAGCAGUCGAAUUCAGAUGCAUCAGAAGCUCAAAGAUCAUAGUCCUCAUAUGCCAACGAUCAAUUGAACCAGCCCCGAGCUCUAGUCCAGCUCUCACAAUCGUAGAACGAUCAACUUCCAUGCAACCCUUCACAUGCAGGUCCACUUGCAAACUUGGAGCAACGCAAGCGACAGCACGCUGACAAGAAACAAACAUGUGUCAAACUCGAACCAUCCGCUACAUCUGUGGUCACCGAGUGGAAUUUCGCCUGAGUACAUGUCUCGGCAACAAAGUCUACCCACGAGUGAUUCCGGACUGCGGGACACGCUCCGGCACACAUCCUUCUGGCGAUCGUAUCAAAUGGUCGAAUGACGUGAUCUGUCAUGGCACGUCGACUCUUUGCCUGACAUCACAGGCGAAUUGCGGGAAUUGUCAGGGACUCGCGUCACUGGUGGGCCAGGAGAAAAUCCUUCCGAAACCGAGGCGGCGGACAGCAAGGGUCAUGUGGGAGCAAGAUUGUGUUGAUGGCGACGAGGGCGAUGGGAGGGGGGAAACUUCGGAGAGUGUCAACGAUGCUAGGCAGCACAUGCAUGAACCGAGCUUGCUCAGGCAAGAGCUGCGACCGGAGGAUGUCGUGCUGACAUAUGAGGAGAACCCGUUUGAGUUUGCGGAGGCUUGGGAUCCGAAGACCGCUGAUGAUCAAUGGAAUAGGUUUUGGAAUGCGCUCCCUGCUGAAGAAGAAGACAGUGAGUUUGAUACAGAGGAAGAAGGCUUGAGCAACGAGAACUCUCAUAUGCUAGCCUGUGAUACUGGGUACGAGAGAUGGACUGAAGAAGAUGGAGGAGAAUGGCGUGGGAUCGAGAGUGACGCUUUUGGACAGUCGAACUUGUUUCCUGGCUGGAUAUGCGCCAGCGAUGGUAAUAAGAUUUGUUGCUUUUGAUCUUGGUUUUCAUAUUUAUACAAGAAAAUCACAGCAGGGAGUGUUGGAUCUCCACAAGCAUGUC